GGGAGUGCCAUAACCAUGUCUAACACCGCCCCCGGACAGAUCGAAACCAAGAGCCCCGACUCGUUGGAAGGCAAAUUCCGUGUGGGCGAGGACGAGCGUGUCUACGCCAUUUCCAUUACCACGAAUGAAACCGUCCCCCCGUUCGAGGUUAUAAGUGCGGAACUGGCUUAUAACAAGGAGUCAGAUUUGACCGGUUUCACCAGCGUCACCGGAACUGUAGCGAAAGACCUCGUCCUUUAUCUUGACCAUGGCAUCACUAUUCGUGGGAAGGUUAGCUAUACCGCCGUGGAUCCCGCUCACGGUAUUUCGGGUGGUGGAAACUGGGCGCUCACCUCGGAGUUGAAGGUGAUGAUCUUUACGAGCACAUCUCCUGAAUGCAGCACUGUCACCGUGGAGUUGACGAGACAGCGAGGUGUCGGCGACGCAAAUUUCCCGAAGCUUCUGUACAGUUGUACUUGAAUAGCCCAUCGAAGUCCAAUCAUAGGAAUAUAGUGUUUGACGUGUUAUCGAC